CUUGUCUGAGAAAUGAAGGGACGGGAGAGAGAGAGAAAGACUGGGAUGUAGAGAUUAAAUAAAAGAAAAAGUGUACAUUCUUGAAGAAUCAGUCAGCCCCAACACACCUCAAAGGACGUGUAAAUAAGUGUAGGAGGGCACGGAAUUAUAAAAAGGAAACGGUUUUGGGGGAAAGACACAAUUUGGCCGCUGUUGUUUCCAGAAUUUCUUCUCCUAUAGGAAAACCCAAGGGGACUAUGGAAUGGAUGGUAUAACGAAGAAAACGUACCGGGAUGGUGGGGAGGUCACUGGGAGAACCUAUACAGAAACAGUAACAUCCUCAUCAAGACUCGUAUCAUUACCGCCAAAAGGGGCAAACUCUAGUGGAUCCAAAAUUUCCUCCCAGGUUGGAGGGGGCGGAGUGGAAAAAAAGACUAUAGUACAGAGCAGCAGCAGUUAUGUUUCUUCAGCAGGGGGAGGUACAAGACUGACCAGCACAUCUGGAUCCAAAUAUCCCCAUUCCCCAAAUUCCACGCUCUCCAUUUCCCCAAACACAACCUUUGAGAGGAAAGCCUACGUCUCCUCCACAACUCGCCAAGGAGCAUAUGAAGGAAGCUCCAGUGGAAAUUCUUCACCGGAAUACACUAGAAAAGAAAUGGCAUCUUCCUCCAGCAGAGGGCGUACACAGAGCAGGGAGACUGAAAUCCGUACUCGCCUCCAGAGUGCUUCUCCCUCCACUAGAUGGACAGAACUCGAUGAUGUGAAGAAGUUACUAAAACGUUCCACCAGUGUCAGUCCCACUAGAUCUCCAACAAAUACUCUCCCCAUUCCUAAAAAAGCCACAGUGGAAACCAAGAUCGUCACAGAAAGCUCCCAGUCAGUUGCCGGCUCCUAUGAUACCACCAUACUGGAUUCUGCUCUCCCGUCCUAUAUGUGGACUUCCACACUUCCAGUGGGUUCCUCGAUGGCAGGUUACCAAAACAAUAUGGGCUACAGUUCUUCUAUGAUGAAUGCUGCCUCCAACGGAUCAGUGUUUGGUGCUCCCAAUAACCUGGCUCCUAGCUCUCCCUCACUAAAUUCUGGGUAUUCCUCAUCCUCUGCAGUAUUCGGCGUUCAGAACAACCUUGCCCCAAUGCAAGCACCAGGCCCUAUUAUUAGCAGUGUGGCAGCAUCCACCUCUUCAGGAUAUGGUGUGCAGAAAAACAUCUCACACAGCUCAGGUGGACAAGGAAGUACUGUGACAACUUCAGCUGUUACUAGCACCAAAACCCAAAGUGAUGAUAUCCUGGGCAAGGACUUCAAGGACUUCAAGUUCCUCCUGCUGGAGAAAGAAAAGGGCCCUAGCAAGAAGGAAGGAGAUGUCCUGAUCACGUCGAAGGACUCUGGCAAAGUGUUUACAGCCUCUAAUGGAGGAGUUUCAGGCUCCUAUGGAGAGGAUUCAUUAAAAAAAGAAAAACAUGCUUUUACUAGUACAGAGGCCUCGUACAAAACUGAAGUGAAUGGAGGAUUAAAAGUAACAAAGGACAAAGCCACGUAUGCAGAGAUACAACGAGUCGAUGGACUGAAAGCUGGUGGCAGUUACCAGGAUGGGAGAGAAGGAGAUGGGGGUACAGACGCUGUGUGCGGACCAUGUGCCUCCUGCUGCAAGUGGUGGAUGUGGGCGCUCGGUUUGCUCCUUGGAUUACUCUUCCUCCUCGGACUACUUUUUGGGCUCCUAUCUCUGUGGCAAGAUGUGAAGAAUCUGACUACCCGUGUAAAGACUCUGGAGGAGAAUCAACCCAAUAGUAAAGUCGUAGCUGAGUAUCUUCAGGCGGGCAGAGUAUCUGCAGUAGGCAGUGCGCCAGUCGGCUCUUCAGGGGAUAUUGAUUUAUCAAGCAAUACAAUAGGAUUAGGCACUGGAUUUACUGAUCAGAAUAAAGAAGCUUUCUGGGACUACAUGAAAAGGAGAAUGCAGCAAGAAAGAGGAACAUUCAUUGGUGAAAAGGGAGAAUCAGGCCAAAAAGGUGACAUGGGAAUGCAGGGAGAAAGAGGUGAACGAGGCUAUGCUGGACCUCAAGGUGCUCCAGGUCUCAUUGGCCACCCUGGUAUCGAAGGACCAAAAGGACAGAAAGGCAAUGCUGGAGAAUCUGGUGUGGAAGGACCACCUGGGCAAAGAGGAAGAGAAGGGUUACCUGGACCUCGUGGUGAUCCUGGCCCACCAGGAAAUGGAGAAAAAGGAGAUAGAGGUGUAUCAGGUGAACCAGGACAACCAGGCCCAGCAGGCUUAACAGGUCAAAUGGGACUUAAAGGUGCUAUGGGUCUUCAGGGCUCCCCAGGAGUUCCAGGUACACCUGGAAUUCAAGGUUUCCGAGGCGAAGUAGGGUUGCCAGGGCCUAAAGGUGACAAAGGAGCUGCCGGGCCACCUGGAGUUAAAGGUGACCAAGGUGAUAUGGGAUCCCGAGGCCUUACAGGGGAAUCUGGACCAAGAGGGUUACAAGGUCUUACUGGAGAGCCCGGGCCUAAGGGAUCAGCAGGUCCAUCAGGCCCAGAUGGACUCCAAGGCCAAAGAGGUGAACAAGGACUCCUUGGGCUACCAGGACCAAGAGGACCCCCUGGACCCUCAGGAGAUCCUGGCCUUCCAGGACUUCCUGGAGCACAAGGCCCACCAGGUCCCCCUGGCACGCCAGGCAGAGGAGGAGCUAAAGGUGAUCCUGGAGAGCCUGGCAGAGUUAUUUCUCAAGAGGGUAAUACAUAUUCUCUUCCUGGACCUCCCGGACCAUCGGGAUCGGUUGGACCACCAGGACCACCAGGUGUACCAGGUCCAGUUGGGCCAGCUGGUCUUCCAGGACAAUCAGGUGCCAAGGGAGCUCAAGGGGAGCCAGGAGAUCCAGGCAUUGUGUACACCAGGCCAGAAAGUUCAGUUGCACAACAAACACUUCCAGGACCCCCAGGCCAACCUGGUCCCCCUGGUCCUCCUGGCACACCUGGUGUGGCAGGUCCUUCAAUUCAAGGGCCACCAGGACAAGCAGGCGUGCAAGGUCCCCCAGGACCUAUCGGUCCUCCAGGCUUGCCGGGAGAUGGAAAAGAAGGUCCCCCAGGUCCCAUGGGUCCUCCAGGACCUCCUGGAUCAUUUGUUCCAACAUCAGAAACCUUUUUCUCUGGUCCACCUGGUCCUCCUGGUGUGCCAGGAUCUACAGGAGAUCCAGGUCUUCCCGGUGAUCCAGGUCAGCCAGGCCUUCCAGGGGCCCCAGGUCGUGAUGGUCCAGUUGCUGUUGGGCCUCCAGGAAAUCCAGGACCACAGGGAUAUCCAGGACUACCAGGGCCACAAGGAGAAAGAGGUGAAGCUGGUAUCCCAGGUGCUCCUGGCAUCCCAGGAAGUUCACGAGGACCUCCUGGCGGUGGAAGACCUGGACAAGGACUCCCUGGCCCUCCUGGUCCUCCUGGUCCCCCUGGUCAACCAGGCACUCCUGGCAGCGCUGGCCGAGUUGCUGAAGAAGUCCAGCAAUAUAUCGCUCAGUAUCUCCAAAGUGAAAAUGUCAGAAAUUACUUGAUUGGACCUCAAGGACCUCCAGGGCCAAAGGGAGACAGCGGACAAGAUGUUGACUAUGCUGAACUGGCAAGCCGUGUAAUGAGCUACAUUCGAGGAUCUGGCCUUACUUCAACGGAGGGUAGACAAGGAUUUGCUCGUCCAAGUGUCACCUAUGAUGAUAUCCUCUCAGUCAUAAUGAACUCUGGAUUACAGAUUGGUCUUCCAGGACCUCCAGGCCCACCAGGACAGCCAGGAUUGCCAGGAUCUGGCUAUGGAGAUAUAACAGCUUUGCUUCAAACUUCUGAGUUCAGAGGAAUCGUUGGUCAACCUGGACCACCAGGCCAACCAGGACGUACAGGUCGUACUGGUCUACCAGGUCCUCCUGGGCCUAUGGGACCACCAGGAAAUCCAGAAACAAGCAGAACUAGUUUUGGAACAGAGGAAAUUGCAUCAUAUCUGCAAAGUGUUGGAUACAUUGCAGGACCUCCAGGACCACCAGGUCCUCCAGGACCACCAGGACCAUCUGCUGCUGGGGGCGGCUUGGUCUCUUAUGCCGAGAAUGCCUACAGUGGCGAUCGCUUACGAACUGAGCUUAUUGAAUACCUGACAAGCGACAAUAUACGUAGAUAUAUCAGUGGACCACCAGGUCCUCCAGGCCCUCCUGGACUCCAAGGAUUGCGUGGACCAAAGGGAGAUAGUGGCAUCAUUUCAUCAUCAUCAUCUGGGUCUUCACUUUCAUCCGGUUAUUCACUCUCAUCUUCAGCAUCCCAGUCAUCUGGAAGCUCCUCCUCAUCCUCAGAUUCAUCAUUCCUGCUGGAUUAUGAUGAAGUCGCAACUCGAGUGACAGAAAAAAUCCAGAAUCAAGGGCUUCUGGCAGAGGUAACAUACAACUUGGGAAGAGCAAAUAUUCAAGGACCUCCAGGACCUCAAGGACCACCUGGAAUCUGCCAAUUAUAUGCAACCCAUGCAAAUAUAACUACUGAUCUCAUGGAGCUUUUCAGAGCUCAUGGUACAAUUCAGGGACCCCCUGGUCUUCAGGGACAGAAAGGUGAAAGAGGUUUCACAGGAACCAAAGGUGAUAGAGGGGCAACAGGAUAUACUGGUGAGCCAGGACCAAGAGGACACAAAGGAGAGAAAGGGGACACGUUUUAUGUGGGAAAGCGUAAAAGAAGAAGCCUCGGCGUUUGACACAAAACCAUCAAUCGUUGAUUCCAAAGACUGUUUUGCUUCACGUCAUUGUAGCCUUUGAAAUGUUCAGAGAGCACCUCACUCACUGCUCUGAAAACAGAAGGCGAUGGCCAAUGCUCACCAACGUGUUUGAAGCAUCAGACAAUAAUUUAUGUUUACUUAUACUGAUUCUACAUUUUUGUGCCCCUAUGAAAUAUUACUAUUAAAUGUGUGAACUAAGCAUUUCAACAUUGCCUUAACCAUCCAAAAAUUGUAAAUAAUAUUAUAAUGUAGAAACAAUUGACAAGGUAUUCUUUGAAAUGUAUUUUCAUGUACUUUUUUGGGCUGCCAGGGCCAUUUCUAAAAUGUAAUUCUUGAGCAGCACCAAGGGAUGGGGGGAGGGGUUUGGUAGAAAAGUGCACACUGGAAUACUACAUCUAAGAGAACUUCGCCCAGGUCCCAUUAGAACACUAGUAGAUCUGCAUCUGUUGGCACUGCUGCCUGUUAUAAAAUAAGUGUAGCAGUAAUACAAUUGAACUAGGUGGACUGUAGUUUCAAAGUUAAAACAUCCUUCUUACCGUUUCUAAUUAGAGGAUGCUUCCCCUUUCCCUAGUGCUGAACUUCAGAAGGAGGUAGGUCACACCAAGGGUAAAUGGUCUCAUAGAUAUUCAUUGUAUAGAGGGAUGUGCUUGCAAGGCAUCCAAAGGGUUUUAUCACUCAUCAUCUAGCUGAGCUUCAGGAUAAGUCUAAUCACACCAAAACAAGGGUAAAUAGGAUAGAUACGUAUUGUUAAGAGGGAUAGGAUGAGCUUGCAAGGCAUCCAAAGGGUUUCCAUUGACCCCUGGACCAGCAUCUAGCUGAGCAUCAGAAGAAGGCUGGUCACACCAAAACAAAGGUAAAUGGUCUAUUCAUUUUGUAGAGGGAUGGACUUACAAGGCAUCCGAAGGGUUUUGACCACUCAUCAUCUAGCUUAGCUUCAGCAAAAGGUUUGCCACACCAAAACAAGGGUAAAUAGGAUAUAUAUGUAUUGUUAAGAGGGAUAGGAUGAGCUUGCAAGGCAUCCAAAGGGUUUCCAUUGACCCCUGCACCAGCAUCUAGCUGCGCUUCAGAAGAAGGCUGCUCACACCAAAACAAAGGUAAAUGGAACAGAUGUUCAUUAUUUAGAGAGAUAGGAUGAGCUUCCAAGACAUCCAAGGGGUUUCAAUUGACCACUGCAACCAGAAUCUUGCUGAGCUUCAGCAUGUUGACUACACCAAAACAAGGGUAAAUGGGACAGAUGUUCAUUAUUUAGAGGGAUAGGAGGGAUUUGCAAGACUUCCAAGCGGUUAAAAUAGACCACUGCAACCAGCAUCUAGCCGAGCUUCAGAAGAAGACUGGUCACACAAAAAACAAGGAUAAAUGGGAUCGAUGCUUAUUAUUUAGAAGGAUAGGCUGGGCUUGCAAUCAUCCAAAGGUUUUUAUAUUGACCAUUGCAACGACCAUCUAGUUGGAAAAAUAAUUUCCUCGCAAUUUCUACAUUAGUUCCUGGAAUAAAUAUGUUUUGUUUGAAUUGUCCUUUUUUUUUUUUAAACGUUGUACACUAUAAAUGCAUUGAUAUUUUUUGAGUAAUUUACAUUUGUCUGCAAACAUUUCUUUUAUGUUUAAUUAAUAUGUUGAAUUAAAAAAACAACCCUUUACAAUAAGUUUGGUUCCAAGCACUAUUUACAGUAUGAUGGCGAGACCUUCAUAUGCUGUUCUUGCGUUGUAAGGCUGUAUAUCUAUCUUAACCUUGGUGACGACUUUGAAGCAACCAAUAAAAUUUUAUACUGGGAAAAA